AUGAUAACAAAUCACCAACAUGUUCUUUGGCAAGCGAGAUCCAUUUUCAACACCCCUUCUUCCGAUGUCGACUCCAUUACUGCAAAAACUCCAUCGCACAGUCGGAUUACCAUUCUUUACCCUUUUUCUUCCGAUUACAUUCUCAGAGAACGGUAUAGGAACCCAUGGAACAUAAUUUGUGCGGGGAAAUUGCUUGAAGACCCUGAUGCUCUCGCGGUCGGAGCUGUUACGUGGGUUGGUCGUUCUUCUAUGGAGAUUCAGUUAGAAGUCCUUCAGUCCACUGAAGAAACAUCCGAUCUUGUUGACUCACAAGCUUUAGUUGCCAACUUCACUUUUGUUGCACCAGACUCCAAAACCGGAAAAUCAGCAUAA